CGAAUAUCAAAGUCAACUCACAUGUAGAAGAAGAGCAGCUUUAGCUCACUCACUACUGUGGUCGUUAAACAAGAAGUUUCUACUGUAUAUGAGAAGUUUUAGGCUGGUUCAUGUCAAAAUAAGGUAGCGUUUUGCCAUGGCAUCACGAGCAGGACCGCGAGCAGCAGGAACAGAUGGCAGCGACUAUGAGCAUCGCGAGCGCGUGGCGCAACACUAUCAGAUGAGUGUUGCACUGAAGUCGGAGAUCAAGAAGCUGAACAUCGCUCAUGCUGCACUCUGGUUGCUUGUAGCGGCACAGGUGGUGGUCAGCCAGCUGAACUUAGUAUCGCAUAAGCUGGUGGCCACUCCGUAUCAAUGGGAAUACAUUUAUCUCUUGAGCAUCGUACCUACUGUCUUCAGCUUCAUGGCCCUUCCCAAAAACAACACCAGCUACCUCGUCAUUUCGAUGAUCAGCGCUGGGCUUCUCAGUCUUGGUCCUAUUUUUUAUGGAGGAAUGGAGAUGUUCCCUAUGGCUCAACAGCUUUAUCGCCAUGGCAAGGCUUACAGAUUCAUCUUUGGUUUCUCAGCCGUGUCUGUGAUGUACUUAGUCAUGGUUAUCGCACUUCAAGUACAUGGCUGGCAGAUCUACUAUAGCAAAAAGCUGCUGGAUGCCUGGGUCACCAACACGCAAGAAAAGAAAAAGAAAUAAGAGACUGGUGCAGAAUAAUAAUGCUUUUUUAUGUCGUCAUAUCCUCUUUUGUUAAGGGGUUCUUUCAUCAAAUGCAUUUUAAUUAUUACGUAAACAACUCAUUGGAGCCCAGUCAAGAUUUUCAGCUUUUGUCACAUUGACAUUGGGCCUUCAAUUGAUGUGCAUAUAUGCAUCAGAGCUUAGAUGUCACCCGUGGGCAUUGUAUUGUAAUCUUUUCAGUGUUUACCACAACACUUAAAGAUUUCCUGUAUUUUUGGGAUCCAGGCAUUCCUGGAAUAUGCAGUAUAUCUGCAAUGAUGAGGAACGGGAGGUAUCUUAGCCCCAGUCGCAUAAAUUUUGUCAAAUAUUGUGCUAAGAUAUUCUGCUCUUUGUCCACUUCUCUAUUAAUAAUAAAAAUCUUGACUGAACACAAAAA